AUGAGGAUGUGGGGGAUUCCUCUAAAAUGCCCUCAAUGUUCCCGAAAGAUGAACAGCUCGGGCAUCUACAGGAAGGUGAAAGAGGUGAUUGACGUGGAUAGUCGCUACUACCUGGUGGGAGGAGACUAUCCACGUUGCAACAAGUGCGCUCUGCCGGUCUGCCCAUGGAGCCAGGACAUCCUCUCGCAGCUGGAUGUAGCCCACAGGAGCAUGUUUCCCGCUGUCCUCACUACACACCUGGCUCUGGACAGGAAAUGUAUGACCUUCCUGAAGCCGAGGACCAGCGGAAACAGCUCCUCCUACUUCCAAGCGGCAAUAGAGGAAGUGCACAGCGAGGAGUGGGCACGUCAGGCCAUCCGAUACCUCUCGGAUUGUGAGAGCCAUCAGAAGAUGGCUACCUUUGUCCCCUCUGCAGCUGCCUAUCCUCCUCCACUGCCCUUUAGGCCCCUUCCACUUGCUCAGUGGUUUGAGACUGUCCACUCCAACAACAUCCUCAGCCAUCUGCAGGAAAUGAAGGGAGUCAUCACUUCUACCUAUGGUAGAAUUCUUAAGAUGGAUACGACCAACACUGAGAAUAAAGUUAUAAAAUGUUGA